UCCCUUUGAAUCAUCUCAUCACCACGUCCCACACACUGCUGCGGCCUAGCUAGCUAAGACACACAAACCCGGCUCAGCUCGUAGCCUCGUACCACAUCACCAGCAACAGCUUGAUCGACAUGGGCGGCCUCUCGAUGGACCAGGCCUUCGUGCAGUCCCCCGAGCACCGCCCCAAGCCGACCGUCAUCGAGGCCACAGGCAUCCCGGUCAUCGACCUGUCCCCUCUUGCCGCCGGCGACGCGGCGGGUGUGGACGCGCUGGCCGCCGAGGUGGCCGCGGCGAGCCGGGACUGGGGCUUCUUCGUGGUCGUGGGCCACGGCGUGCCGGCGGAGGCAGUGGCGCGGGCGGCGGAGGCGCAGCGCGCGCUCUUCGCGCUGCCGGCUGAGAGCAAGGCGGCUGUGCGGAGGAGCGAGGCGGCGCCGCUCGGGUACUACGAGUCGGAGCACACCAAGAACGUCAGGGACUGGAAGGAGGUGUUCGACCUCGUCCCGCGCGAGCCGCCGCCGCCGGCCGCCGAGGCAGACGGCGAGCUCGUGUUAGAGAACAAGUGGCCCCAGGACCUGCCGGGAUUCAGAGAAGCGCUGGAGGAGUACGCAAAGGCGAUGGAAGAGCUGGCGUUCAAGCUGCUGGAGCUGAUCGCCCGGAGCCUGAACCUGAAGCCCGACCGGCUGUUCGGCUUCUUCAAGGACCAGACCACGUUCCUUCGGCUGAAUCACUACCCUCCCUGCCCGAGCCCCGAUCUCGCCCUCGGCGUCGGCCGCCACAAGGAUGCCGGCGCCCUGACGAUUCUGUACCAGGACGACGUUGGUGGCCUCGACGUCCGGCGGCGAUCCGAUGGCGAGUGGGUUCGUGUUAAGCCUGUUCCCAACUCGUUCAUCAUCAAUGUUGGCGACCUCAUUCAGGUCUGGAGCAACGACAGGUAUGAGAGCGCGGAGCACCGGGUGUCGGUGAACUCGGCGAAGGAGAGGUUCUCCAUGCCCUACUUCUUCAACCCGGCUAGCUACACCAUGGUGGAGCCGCUCGAGGAGCUGGUGACCGAGGAGAACCCGUCCAGGUACAACGCGUACAACUGGGGCGACUUCUUCAGCACCAGGAAGAACAGCAACUUCAAGAAGCUGGACGUGGAGAACAUCCAGACCGCGCAUUUCAAGAAGGCUCUCGCCGCCUAGGAUAUACCAUAGAUCCAUGGUGAGGGUGAGACGACCAUGUCGCCAUUUGUGGUAGUACAAAUAAUGUGCGUGCUCUGUAAACAGUAUGGCCUUGAGCACAUGUGUAAACUAGACAAGUAGACAUGGAUGUGAAUGUGAUGGGUAGUUUGAUUUGUUUUGAAAUAACAGGUUCUGGUUUGCAAAAUCAAAUCGAGAUGGUUGCUCAAGUUUC